UGUCCUUCUGGACCGGAUGCCGGAAGUACGUGCGAGCGAACCAGCGUUUGCGGAGGUUGGGAGCGUUGAGGGUUCCCGCGCUAGCAGCUGCUUUCCUCUUGCAAGAUGCCGGGUCUGGCGGCCGCAAGCCCUGCCCCUCCUGAGACGCAGGAGAAGAAGCCGCUGAAGCCCUGCUGCGCCUGCCCGGAGACCAAGAAGGCGCGCGAUGCGUGCAUUAUUGAGAAAGGAGAAGAGCACUGUGGACACCUAAUUGAGGCCCACAAGGAGUGCAUGAGAGCCCUGGGAUUUAAGAUAUGAAAUGAGUUUUCAGCUAAAAAUAUUCAAAAACACUCGAAUUGUGGUCUGCUCUGUGAAUGAAUAAUUCCUGAAGAAUGAAGAUAAUUUAAUAAUUUGGAAAGUUCUUUAAUGAACUUUCAUAAAUGGUAAAAGUAUAAUUUAUUAAAAAAAAAAAAAAAAAAAGGAAAUUCCCUGGUUAAAAAUCAUGUGUGUUUCUUUCUGUGUUCCUCACAUCGUCACAUGUUUACUUGCUUAUUUAUAUUAAAGCAUGUAGAAUAAACAAAUCUUGUAAUA